GCGACGGAAGAAGUUUGAGCCUCUUAACUUGGCCAAGGUCCGCCGCUUCCUCGAACAAGGCAGGCUUGACGCCAGGUACCCGAUAACGCAGCGGCACCUCCAUGACUCUGGCUGCGUCCGCGUCCGCAAUGGAGUCCAUUUAUUCAAUGUUGUAAGACAGUCUCUAGCUAUCUAG